AGCUCAGCUUGCUUUUACAAAUGAUGCAGACUGUUUAAUGAGCACAUUGAUUCAUAGACUGUGAUCUCCGGUAAAAACGCAGUCAAGAUAUGAAGAAUUUGUGUCAUGGCAGCAGUUAUUUAAAAUACUACACAGUUUUAUAGAGAUUUGACAGGUAGUGAUAAGGAGAAAGUUAAUACUGUUAUCAGGACACAUGAGGGUGUGUAGCUCUACAUGUAUGAGCCACAACAUAGCAGCGGUGUGCCAAUCAACGUGUUCAAAAAUUCCUAAACUCUGCUGUUGAUGAUUACCAAAUCAAUCACAACCGCUCGUGAAUUAUUACUGACCUUGGUCGUUAUACCUGAAUUACAAGACUUAAAAAGUAAUCAUAAACCUUUUAGUGGAUAGCAUAGCUUUAGCCAGGGCAGCUUUAGAGCACAAAACAGCGUUUUCCUGAGAAUUUUGCUCCUCAUGAAGUUGUACUUUCACCAAUUUUAAGCUCUUUCCCAAGGCAGCUUCUUCCUGUCUUUCUUGAUGUUUGACCCUGGGACAACAGGGUGAAUUAUAUAGUUUUCUGGUAGUGCGUAUAUCUGUGUGGCAUGGACCCGUUGCACCUCUGACUAAGAUGAGAGUUAGUACUGAAAGUAGAGGAAGGUUGGUUUGGCAUCAGGAACUGUAACAGACAUUGAUUGUUUCAUUUUUACUCACAUCAUCAUUUAGGAUGUUUUCAGAAAUCUCUGCAGCAGAUCUCUUAUCAUAUUUAGCCAUGUCUUCAUGAUGAGAUAUUUUUAUCUUUUUAAUCUACAUUGUUUAGAUACAAGGCAACGUCUUCCUUUUCUAUGCAUUUUUUAAAAUGUUUUGCUAGAUUUGGCAAUUUGUGACAUCAUUUUUUAUACUUUCGUGAAAAACAACAAAAUACAAAUGUCUUAAAUUAUUCUCUUUGCAGAGACUUCGGUCUUCUGCAGCAUCUGGUAGACUUUAGUUGCAUGUUGCUUUGUCAGGUUGUGAGAAAGAGAAAUAUUAAUCAGUGGUGAAGGACAUCAACAAACAACAUGCUGCUUUCUUCUCUUUACAGCUUGCAUUCAAGCUUCUAAAUAUAUUGAGACCACAAAGCAAACUUGACAUUUACGUGUUCAGGCUGACCCGCUAAUGUACCAGAAACAAAGCAGGAAGUCUAACCUCUCGACAUUCUGGAGUACCUUAAUCGCUGUCUGAUCUAACAAGCAACAGCUUAAAAAAGUAAUGUUGAAGGUUAGUAGAAUGAGAAGAUGAUUGUUUUAUUUUAAAUUUUUCAACAGGAUGAUUAAAUUGUAAUUAAUAAAUAAACUGCGAUACUUCCAGUUUGUUCAUUCUGUUGUUUCAAAGACAAUCGUCAUGUAGGCAAGUUUCCUUUUUAGAAAAGCGUCACAUCCUCUUGUGCCACUUUGAGAGAUAAAAAUCUGUGGUCUGUGUAGCCCAGCAAUGUUCAGAGGAUAGUUUAGAUGAUCUCUCUGCAGUUCAUCAAACUGAACCCUUCCAGAGCAGCAGAUGAUCAGAUGGAUGCUCUGAGAAUCAGCCUUUUACUGCUUCUGCCGUGUUUUUCCUGCUAUUUGGACGGCGAAGUGACUCUUGUGAAAACAAUCGGGAAAGAACCAGAUUUCACUCCAAUCUGCACAAACGAAACAUCAAAUAUCAUCGUGCUGAUAGUGUGCAACAUCAGAACAGAGAGAAGCAGUGGAGAGGAGUGCAGACUGCUGUAUAAGGAUGAAGGCGAGUUUAUUCAUGAGUGUGACUCCAGGUUCACUCUUAUAACAAGGAACCAAACUGUGUUUCUGCACCUGACCAGUUUAACACCAGCUGAUAGUGGAAACUACUCCUGUGAGUGUUCAAAAGCUGAAGGAACAUUUAUUAUCCAUCUCAACAUUACAGUUAAUGCAGAUGAAGUUUGGAGCCAUUCUGCAGGAGUGACUCUUCUUUCUGCUUUGACGGCUGCAGUUCUCCUACUCAUCUUACUUUUGGUUUUUCUGGGAUGUAUUCACAGAAAAUAUUACCGCCGAGAGCAGCCCCAAUCAAACCGCCAUCAUCCAAAUGAGGACUUGGUUGACAUUCAGCCGUACAGCACCUACAUUAAGAAGGAGAACGGACUUUAUUUAUUAACCGUCUUGCCCAACUAUUAAAAUAUUUCUGACAGUAUAAAUAUUUUCAUUUAGUUCUUUGAGUAGUUGGCAUGACUAGAAAAGCGCUAUAUAAGUUCAGGUUAUUUACCAUUUACCAUUUGAAUGGACACCUUUAUAGAUGGAACAAAAUGUUUAAUACACAUUUUUUAAUCCUCACUGAUGGACAACUUUUCCUGGUUCAGGUCAAUUUGGACUGAAACACAAUUGUUUCUAUUUGCUAAAGGUUUUUAUGUGUUUUCUUCAAAUUCAAAAUAAAACACUAAGGUUACUGUGCCUUUAAAUAACAUGGCUUUGUACAAUUUUAAAAGGUCAUUUUACCAUCUUAGUUAAAUGGAGGCACACACGUAGACGCAUUUUAUGCCAACACCUCAAACACGAUGCUUCCUUGUGUGACAUAACGGAAAGAAAAUCAAAAGAAGUGUGGCGGUAGCAGCAUCAUGCUGCGUAGGUGCUUUGCUGCAGGAUUUUGCUAGGAUUUUGUAAAACAGAUGCUAUUGUGAGGAAAAUACUAAAGCAACGUCUAAAAGUCGCUGCUCUGUAGUGCCUGUUGCAAAGCUCUGGUCUCAGUCAAAAGGAAAAUGUGUGGGUAGAGCUGGAACAGUGUCAGGAAGGCAUGCCACAAACCAGACGCUGUUACACCAGUUCCAUGAGAAGAAACGGACCACAGAUCCAGCAAACAGAGGUUUGUGUAUGCAAACUAAAAAGGUUUGAUCCAGUUUUCCAGCAGACCCUUGAUGUUUUUAGGUCAAAGCUGAGAAUAUUUGGACAGUUACUGAUUUUAUUCACCUUGUAAUAGGUGGCAGCUUGUCACUAGGGGGCGCUCUUUUGAGCCCUCAUCAACAUUGUAAGGAAAACUAAUUAUUAAUUAAUUAAAAACUAAUUAUCUGAUCAAUUCUCUUGUAAAAUGUGUCUGAUAUUUAACUUUAAGC